AUUCUUCAUUCUCACAUUUCCAAAUCAAUUGCGACUCAAAUCAAUCUUUUCUACCGAGAUUUCUGAUAUUUUUAGAGUUACAAAAGUGCCGAAAACUCUUUAAAAAUGCCGCAAUGGAUGCGACCAGAGGUUUAUCCUCUUAUGGCAGCGAUGACAUUUGUGACGAGCAUGUGUGUUUUCCAGCUUACUAGAAAUGUUUUCAUGAACCCUGAUGUCAGGGUGAAUAAGGCGCAUCGUACCAUGGGAGUGCUUGAAAACCACGACGAAGGUCAAAAAUAUGCUGAACAUGGCCUUCGGAGAUUUUUACGUACACGACCACCAGAAGUCAUGCCGACUGUCAACUCCUUCUUCUCAAACACCAAAUAAACAUCGCUACAACUUCAUGUAGAAGGACACACAUUUGUGAAUUGAUUUCGUUACAUUAUUGUUACUAGUGUAUUGAUUGGUCUAAUAAGGUGAAUUAUGAGAAUUUUUCCUUUUACAAGUAUGUGAUGGUUUUGUAAUAUAUAAACUCGAUAAAUUAAUAUACUUAUCGUAAUAAUUCGUUAAAUUUUAA